CUCAUAAAAAUUCUCUAAAGGUGUGGAUGUUUCUUAAGUCGACAACACGCAGUUUCCCAUGAAGGAAUGGAGGCCCGGCAGUUCUUGAGCAGAAAUUUGCCAAAAGUCCAAAUGCAGCUUACUGGCAGUUUCCCAGUUUUUCUGUCCAGAAGUCCAGCUCCGAUCUGCCGGUGCCUUUAAAGUACCUCAGGGGAAAGGAAGGCCAGGGAAGUGGACAGUGUUGUUUCUGCUCUGUGUCACUCGCAGUUCACUUAAUUCCUGUUUGAACCCAAGAGGUAGGUACUACCCCAUUUCACAGAGAAGGAAACUGAGGUGCAGAAAAAGGUUAAAAAGGUACUUGAGAUAAAAAAGGAUGGAAUUAGGAUUUGAACCCAGGUCUAAGGCCCCAAUUUUCCUAGUGCACCAGCAAAAAAGCUUUCCAGCCCUGGCAAGGGAGCACAUUUUUGCUUUCAUGGCCUUGCACCUCCGGGAGAGCUUGGUGUGUGGGGAAAGCAGGGCUUCUGGCUCAGAGAGGAGAGUUACACAACAGAGCUCCCCCUCUGAGUGUGGAAAACAGACCAGGUAAGUACAGCUGCAAGGGUUCUGGAUGAGGGCAGGAAGGAGUCCCAGAGAACCUGGGAAGAGCUGAUGGGGGCUGGUUAGACUGGCUCCUCCCUUCCCUCCCUCUGGCAGCCCCACCCCCAGCCUCAGGUCUCUGGGAACUUAGGAUCUGAGCAGCUGAUGCAAGCUGAGCAGCUCCAAGCUGUCAUGGACCCUGAAGGCCUGGCGCUGCUGCUGCCCCCUACCACUCUGGCCGCCCUGGCCGCCAGCUGGCUCCAAGAGGACUGUCCUGGCCUCAACUACGCAGCCUUGGUCACAGGGGCAGCCCCCUCGCAGGCAGUGCUGUGGGCCAAAUCCCCCGGGGUCCUGGCUGGGAGGCCUUUCUUCGAUGCCAUCUUUGCCCAAGCCAACUGCCAGGUCUCCUGGUUUCUCCCUGAGGGCUCAAAGCUGGAGCCUGUGGCCAAGGUGGCCGAGGUCCGGGGCCCCGCCCACUGCCUGCUGCUGGGCGAGCGGGUGGCCCUUAACACGCUCGCCCGCUGCAGUGGAGUUGCCAGCUCUGCUGCUGCUGCAGUGGCGGCCGCCAGGGGGACCGGCUGGGCCGGGCAUGUGGCGGGCACGAGGAAGACCACGCCAGGCUUCCGGCUGGUAGAGAAGUAUGGGCUCCUCGUAGGUGGGGCCGCCCCCCACCGCUACGACCUGGGAGGGCUCGUGAUGGUGAAGGACAACCAUGUCAUGGCAGCCGGUGGUGUGAAAAAGGCGGUGCGAGGGGCCCGUCGGGCAGCCGAUUUUGCCCUAAAGGUGGAGGUGGAGUGCAGCAGCCUACAGGAGGCCUUGGAGGCGGCAGAGGAAGGAGCGGAUCUCAUCUUGUUGGACAAUUUCAGGCCGGAGGAGCUGCACCCCACGGCUGAAGUGCUGAAGGCCCGGUUCCCGAGCGUGGGUGUAGAGGCCAGCGGGGGCAUCACGCUGGGCAACCUCCCUCAGUUCUGUGGGCCACACAUCGAUGUCAUCUCUUUGGGGCUGCUGACCCAGGCUUCCCCGGCCCUGGACUUCUCCCUCAAGCUGUUUGCUGAAGGGGCCACUCCAGUGCCCCACGCCCGCCAGUCCUAAAGCCCAAGAGGAUGGCACUGGUAAUGGGAUAACAUGGUUUCCUGAGACCCUCAAGGUCAUAUAUCUUUCAGAACAGUGGCCAACGGGACACUCGCAGUGUUAGCCUGGGCGAACAUCUGACUCUGCCACUUACUGCUGUGUAACGCCGAAGGGCUGACUUCACCUCUGUCCACCUCAGGUUCCUAAUCUGUAAAAUGUGUCUAAUAAAUGAUCAACCCUA